AUGGAUUCAGUUGCUACAAAAUCUGAAGCAAGUCUAAGAAGGCGUAACUCAUUUAGCACGAUAAGUGACGCAUCAAGUACAAUUGUGAAAAGACGGCGUAGAUGUCCAUCUAUGCUAGCAUUGAAUGAUCCCACGACUAACAGUGAGGGAAACCAGAUUCAGACAUCAACAACACCGCUUGUUGAUCAAUCCACCACCACCACUACCCCGACCACUGUUAAGAGAAGCUCCAAGUAUCGAGGAGUUAGCAGGCAUCGCUGGACCGGAAGAUACGAGGCUCAUUUAUGGGACAAAGGGUCGUGGAAUGCGACACAAAAGAAGAAAGGAAAACAAGGGGCAUAUGAUGAAGAAGAAUCUGCUGCAAGAGCCUAUGAUUUGGCUGCAAUCAAGUAUUGGGGAACCACAACUUUCACAAAUUUUCAGGUGACUGACUAUGAGAAAGAAUUGGAGAUCAUGGAGAACACAACCAAGGAGGAGUAUUUAGCCACCUUGAGAAGGAGAAGUAGCGGUUUCUCAAGAGGUGUAUCAAAGUACAGAGGGGUUGCAAGGCAUCAUCACAAUGGUAGAUGGGAAGCAAGGAUAGGAAGGGUGUUUGGCAACAAGUAUCUUUACCUUGGCACUUAUAGUACACAAGAGGAGGCUGCUCAUGCAUACGAUAUUGCAGCAAUAGAAUAUAGAGGAAUCAAUGCAGUAACAAAUUUCGAUUUAAGCACAUACAUAAGAUGGCUGAGAACCAGUUCCAAUUCCGGUGGCGGCUCCUCCCAGACACAAGACCAACCAUCGCCGCCCGCCACCACCAGCCACCAUGUGAAUCCACUUAUGGAGGAACCUCAGUUUGCUUUCGGUUCCAGUUCCGGUUCAUUACCAUUAGCGAUGACUCCUCAGAACCAACAACUCCUUGACACAAAGAUGAUGCUGCAUGAUUCCGAUUCCAAUUCCAGUUCCAAUCAUAACGAUUCAUCACCUGCUCCGAGUGCUCUAAGCCUUCUUCUCAGGUCAUCCAUGUUUAAAGAACUCGUGGAAAAGAAUUUGAAUGCGGGGAAUGAAGAAGAACAUGAGACGAAGAUGAAAACCGAAGGGAAUGAAUUUCGAGGGAUGUUUUUCAACGGAAUGUGUCCUUCAAAAGUGGGAAUGGAAUUGGAUGCGAAAGAUGAAUUGCCAUUGUUUAGGAAUCCAAACCAGUCGCUAUGGAAUGGUUCCUUGAACAUGAACAAGUCUUCUAGGCAUUAA